AGCACCGCACACACUCACACUCACACACACACUAAACUGCAGACAGCUCUGCCGGCUGAGCCAGCGUCUGCCUACCGCUGUUCUUCCAGCACCCUUACUGCAUCCAGAAACAGCUGACAGCAUCCUCAGCCUUUAGAUCUCUUUUUUUCCUUUUGUCACUAAACUCUAGUGUAUGUAAGACUAGAAGCAGCGCAGAAAGCCGGCUGCUUCUCACGUCUGCUGCUUCCCUUCCCUCGACCUCCCUCCACCCUCUCACUCUCUCUCUCUUCCUAGCUCACACACAUCCUAUCACAUCCACACCCACACCCAAGGAUACCUCCUUGCUUCCCUCUGCUGUUUCUCUCACGCCGGUCCUCUUUCUCUUUAACCCUCUACACCUGUAAAUACGUAUUUCUUGUUAUUUCCUCAGAGGAAGAGAUGCUUGCCUGACCUCUUUUCUUUCUAUUCAAACACUUCUGUGGAUUCUUUUUUUUUAAAUCAAUCCCUGCUCUGCCACUUUGUUGCUACCUGUGGAGGUUCUCUGGUUCUACUUCAGCCUGCCGUCUCACAGAGUAAAGCCCCGCAGAGAGGCACCAUGCUGGGAUUGGAUGUGUGUGAGUUUGGCGGUCAGGUGCUGGAGCUGCUCUGGCUAACUAUGUGCUACAGAGGUCUGAUUGCUGAAAAGAAUGACUUGCCCAUCGAGGAGGAAGAUGAUGAGCGAAAUCUCAACUACAACCCUCCAGCUCAAAAGUCCCUGCAGGAGAUUCAAGAGCUGGACAAGGAUGAUGAAAGUCUGGUGAAGUACAAGCAGACCCUGCUGGGGCCAGAAGCAAUGAUGGCAGACGCCUCUGGUCCUAAUGUCAAGGUGACCAGAUUGACCCUGCUGUGCGAUGACGCACCUGAACCAAUUACUAUGGACCUGACAGGAGACCUGAUCGCUCUGAAGGAGAAGAGCUUCUCCUUACAGGAGGGAGUGAAAUACAGACUAAAGAUACACUUCAAGGUGAACAGAGAAAUCGUUUCUGGCCUGAAGUACCGUCAAGUGACCUACAGAAAAGGAGUGAGAAUGAACAAGGCGGUGUACAUGGUAGGAAGUUACGGCCCACGCGCAGGGGAGCAGGAGUUUCUUUGCCCGAUCGAUGAGGCAACUAAAGGCGUGAUGUCCCGUGGCCAGUAUCAGAUCAAGUCCUGCUUCACUGAUGAUGACAAGAACGUCUACUUAUCCUGGGAGUGGAACCUCAAUAUCAGCAAGGACUGGAAUUAAUCGAUUGGGAGUGUGUGUGUGUGUGUGAGAGAGAGAGAGAGAGAGAGAGAGAG